UUGUCAAGCAUCCGGAACCUUUGAACGAUCGCUUCAGUGGCUUCGAAACUCGGAUUUGUUUAUCGGUGACACCCUGGGAACAGCUGUUGGAUCGGCCAACAGUUAGCUACAGCCGACAUACCGGCUAACUGAACGUUUAUCAACAUUAUAUCACUGUUUUCGGACUUUUAUUCUACAGGUUGCUCGGAGACAGUUGCCAUGGAGCCUGCCUGCCGUAAAGACAAGCAGAAGCUGAAUUCCACCCCGACCCGAGGAGACCGAGCCAAGCAGAAGUCUGCACAGCAGGAGCUCAAACAGCGGCAGAGAGCGGAGAUUUACGCCCUGAACAAGGUGAUGACGGAGUUGGAGCAGCAGCAGUUUGAGGCCUUUUGUAAACAGAUGCAGACACAAGGAGAAUGAUGCCUUACUGUUCACAUGGAGCUGUUACCAUGCAAAACUACCAACAUGCAAUCACACACUUACAUUAAUGUUCAACAAGACAAUCUUUGACCUUUUACUGACUCAAAGUCCUGAUUUUGUAACUUGGAUAUGCCAGAGAGUAUUGAUUUUAUCAACCGAUCCGAUUGUGGAAGGUCUCGUAGGAAAAUGUGUCCCAAAAAAUCCUUCUGAAAUCGUAAAGUAAAGCUGCUUCUUUUUCUACGGACACAUCAGGUCCCCAGCAUUUCCUUUGCUGCAGGUUAAACACAGGUUAGCUGUGAGUUACCCAGAUGCAAACGUUAUUAAGUCAGCUGGUUAGAGAUCCUGCAGUUUAAAAGCACACCUGAAGACAAGCUUUGGUAUCAUCCACCAAUCACUACAAAUGAUCCUUAUUUAGAAAUGCUUCAUAAGCUUCUUGAAGGAACAGUUUUCCCCUCAGAAACAUCCAGCGUGCUUCGGUCUUCCAACAGCAGAACAAGACGUUUUUUAGUGAACAUUGCUUUAUGUAGCUUUAAAAUACACGGUGCCCUUAGUAUGCCAGUGUUAACGGUGCUCACUUUGAAUCACUUUCUUGUGUAUGACAUUGUAUGCAGAGCCAAAAGGCCUGUACAUGUUUCAUUAUUGCAUUUUAAACAACUUCUAAUUAUGUCUGAUGACUGAAAUAUUUAUAUUACAGACUGUGUGUCCCCCCCCCUUCACUUGACUUUGGAUUGAAUGAGAAUAAAAGUGUUUUUUU